UGCUCCUUCCUAGUCUUAUGUUGAAGGUUACACAACACCAACCAACAUUCACUUUCUCCUUCCUUCGAAUUCAACCACCGCAAGGACUUGCCUAUUUCACAUACAUAGACACAUCAGAGACUCGCAACAAACUGAAGGUGCUCGCAAUUGUGGGGAUAGAACAGCAAGCAACAGAGAUGAUCGAGAAGAGCGACCCAAGAAUCAGAUGGGACAAGUCCCCUUUCCUCCACACAUCUGAUAUGAUCAAAUCGGCCAUUGGACUUGCGUACCGGAACCCGACGUUCCUCGCCUUCUCGGUCUUUGCGUCCCUCCCGCUGUUCCUCGUCAUGCUGAUCCACGAACUGGCCGUCCUAUGCAUCUUCGCGGACGCUUCGUCCCGGCUGAGGCUCGUGUCGCCCUACUCCAGCCAGAGGCUCCACCUCGCCUCCGGAUUGAUUCAAGAAACAUUCGUCAAGGUCCUCCAAGCGAGCCUUCUUUACUCGGUCCCCGCUCUCCUGCUCAAUAUCCUGACCGCGGUGACGACCGUGCAUUCUUCGUUCGCCAUCUUCGCCGAAGGCCGAUCGGCGUGUCUCUGGGACAUGCUGAAGGACUCCAUCACCAAGGCAAGGUGGAAGUGGCCCCUGAUAACUUCCACUCUCGUCUCGUUCUUCUCCCUCAUUUUCAUUUUUUGGGUCUGCAUUGUCUCCUGGGGCGGCGUCGGCGGCUUCUUCGCUUCAGGGAAAAUAUUGUAUCUGAGCUUAUGGGGCUUCAUCUCGGUCGUAGCCAUGACCAAGUGGCUGGAGUACAGAGCGGUGUGGGACGUGGCGAUCGUCCUUUCGAUAUCGGAGGACAAGAGCGUGUUGGAGGCGUUGUCGACCGCGUCGAGCAUAACCAAGGGCAAUAGAACCAGAGGGUGUGUGCUGAUGCUGCUGAAUUUCGCGUGGUGGCUCGGGCUCAGGGUCUUGGGCUUCCACGCGAGAGGGAGAUUCAUGGCAAAAUCCGCGCACGCGGUGGCGGUUGCAGAGACCGGGUUGGUUUGCGUGGGGAAGGUGAUGGAGUGGGUGGUGUGCGUGGUGUAUUGCCACGACUGCAAGAGGAGAUCGAGCAGAGACAAGGUGGACUUGGAAGGAGGAGAGCACGCAAUGUUGCUCCGUACAGUUUCUUCAUGAAAAAGGAUGAUGAUGAUGCAA